AAAUUAAAAACAGAACAAAAAACAGAGUACUCUGUUUUUUUAUAUAUAGAUGAUAAACUUUAUUAUGUGGUUAACCUUAGUUUUGUUUCCCAUCUUCAACUUGUUUGGUGAUAAUGGCAAUAUCUUCCUUCCUCUUCAAACUGAUAUUGCUGUUUCUCACCAUUCAUGAUUUAUUUAUUAUGCAAAGUCAUGGCCUAAAUUUUGGAAUAAACUAUGGACAAAUAGCAAACAAUUUACCCUCUCAUUCACGUGUAGCAGCACUUAUAAAAUCAUUGAAUGUCACAAGAAUAAAACUCUAUGAUGCUGAUCCAAAUGUUCUCUCAACAUUCUCAAAUUCAAAUGUUGAAUUCAUGAUAGGACUUGGAAAUGAGAAUCUUCAGAAUAUGAGAGACCCUAUUAAAGCACAAACAUGGAUUCAACAAAACGUUCAACCUUACCUUUCAAAAACCAAAAUCACUGCAAUUAACGUAGGAAACGAGGUACUAGGUAACAAUGAUAUUAACAGUUAUAUAAACCUUCUUCCAGCAAUGCAAUCAGUGUAUAAUGCACUUGUUAGUCUUGGAUUAUCUCAACAAGUUACCGUCACAACUUCGCAUUCUUACGUCAUUUUGUCGAAUUCAUUUCCACCUUCAUCUGGUUCUUUUAAAGAAGAGUUCAUACAAUAUAUUCAACCACUUCUUAGUUUCCAUGCUCAAACGAAAUCGCCUUUUCUGAUAAAUGCUUAUCCUUUUUUCGCAUACAAAGGUGAUCCAGAACAUGUUUCAUUAAACUAUGUCUUGUUCCAACCAAAUUCUGGUUCUGUUGAUCCUGCUACAAAUCUUCAUUAUGAUAACAUGUUAUAUGCUCAAAUUGAUGCGGUUUACGCCGCUAUAAAGGCGUUAGGACACAACGAUAUCGAGGUUAAGAUUUCCGAGACGGGUUGGCCUUCUAAAGGUGAUGCUGAUGAGGUUGGUGCUUCACUACAGAAUGCUGAAAUUUAUCAUACUAAUUUGUUGAAGAGGAUUGAGAUGAGACAAGGAACCCCUGCAAAACCUUCUGUUCCUGUUGAUAUUUAUGUUUUUGCACUUUUUAAUGAAGAUUUGAAACCUGGUCCUUCUUCUGAGAAAAACUAUGGCCUUUAUUAUCCGGAUGGUACUCCGGUUUAUAACAUCGGUUUGCAACAAAGUCAAGGCGGUUAUUUUCCAGAAAUGGUUAUCGAAUCCAAAUCCAAUAUUUUGUCCAACAAUUUUGUCGUCAGCAUACUUGCAUUAUUCUUGGUGUUUGUUUGGGAGAUUAGAAGAUUUUGACGAGGAAAAAAUGAAAACCAAGAAAUUUCAAAUGGACUAUUCUUUUAUGGAAGGACUUGUUGAAGGUGAGGAAAAUUUUGAUUUUGUCAUUGAAUUUUUAGUUAUUUUUUAGUUACUAGUAUGAGGGUACUCAAUAAUGAUAAUAUGGUGAUGGGUCUCCAUCUUUCUUAUCUUCCAACUUGGAUAUUGCAAUCAUGCAUGUGCAUGUUCAUCCGUGAAUGAAAUGAUUCUUGUCUUCAACUAUACAAAAGUCCAAAUUCGGUUAUACAAAAGGAUGAAAGAAAGACUCCAGGAUUCCUCUUGCCAGAUAAUCAAACAACAUGAAUUUUUGUCAAUGUCUUGGAACCUUAUCUCAUAUGUAGAAUCUCCUUUUUUCCACCACUUUACCCUUUCUAUCAUAUUUUUUAGAUCAUGAUUGAAGAUCUGAUUCUAAAUUGUCUGAUUUCAAUCAAACGGCGUCUUUUGUCACGCAAGAGUGCCAUGUGUUAGUUACAUUUGAUGGUAAUGUUUGUGCAGAUGUGACUUAUGAACAUAUGAACGGUGAAUGGAGAAAGAAAACUUUCAAAGGAACAUGAUUUAGAAUUUUAAUCAUGUUGGUUAAUUUGUUGGACGAAAAUAAUGUCAAAUGGAAUAAUAUUGUAUAUGAAAAAGCAGGUCACAAAAAGUGGGCUGGAGGCUGCUGUUUUAGACAUGGACAUGAAUGUUCCUUUGAAAAUGAAUUUGUAAAAUUUCUUACAUCAUCAUCAUAAGUGUCUUUUAUCUAUGCUUGGCCUUUUGCUGCAUAAAAAUUAUUAUCUUUUUUUGAUAUUUUCCAUGUUCUCAAAUGUGAGCAUUGUUUAAUCUUUGCAGGGAGAUAAAAGAUAAAAGCAGAAGAGUUUUUUUAUUUGGAAAGCAAGUUCUACAUUUUUUGUGCACAGCCAUUGGAGGA